AUGGUCGCCUCUCCAGCCAUGGUCGCCCUCUAUUCCGCCCUCUAUUGUGGUCAGCCAUGGUCGCCCUCUAUUGUGGUCCAGCCAUGGUCGCCCUCUAUUAUGGUCCAGCAUGUCGCCCUCUAUUGUGGUCCAGCCAUGGUCGCCCUCUAUUGUGGUCAGCCAUGGUCGCCCUCUAUUAUGGUCCAGCCAUGGUCGCCCUCUAUUAUGGUCCAGCCAUGGUCGCCCCUCUAUUGUGUCCAUGCAUGGUGCGCCCUCUAUUGUGGUCCAGCCAUGGUCGCUCUCUAUUGUGGUCCAGCCAUGGUCGCCCUCUAUUGUGGUCCAGCCAUGAUCGCCCUCUAUUGUGGUCAGCCAUGGUCGCCCUCCUAUUGUGGUCCAGCCAUGGUCGCCCUCUAUUGUGGUCAGCCAUGA